CCUCCUCCUCCUCCUUCUCUGGAUCAGAUUUGGAAGAUCUGGGUGGGCUGCGCGCCCCGCUGCUUGCACAGCCAUGGAUAAAAGUCUGCUGGUCAACUGGGCGGGCUGGUCGACGGACCGCCGGCGGCAGGCACUGCUGGUGCACGACGUGUCGCUCGCGGGCGCCUUGCACAGCACCCUGCACGCCACCUGGAAGGCGGAGUUCCAGGCCCGCGCCGCGGGGUUCGAGCGCAGCUUUGUGCCGUUCAGCGCGGAGCUCUUCCCGCUGCUGGCGUCCAUGGAGUUCGACGGUGCCACCGACUCCGGCGGGCGGUACUCGGUGCACUCCGUGGGCUGGCCCGCGUCCGCGUGCGAGGACCCGGCGCGGAUCCCAGCCGCGCUCGCUGCCGCCCGCCAGGUCACCAGGGACCUGGUGCGGGUACCGCCGCGCCGCUGGGCCUCGGAGCUGCUGUCGCCCCCGCCGCAGACGUGGCCCGAGUUCGAGGCCUGCCUGGCCCUCCUGGUGGAGCAGCUGCUGGUGCGCGCGGGCGCGCUGACGGGUCGCGCGGCGAAGCGCCAGCGGCAGCGGGAGAGGCGCAGGGAGGUGCGGAAGCUCGGGUGCCGGGUCCCGGAGGCCCUGGGCGCCGUGGAGGAGGCCACCGCCCUGGACGGCGGUGCGGAGGAGGUCGGCGCCGGCGCGGCACCACCAGAGCCGCAGCCAGAGCGCUCGCCCCUGGCGGACGCCCGGAACGCGUUCGACGAGGACUCCGAGGACGAGCGGGUGAACGCGAGGCGCCAGUUCACGGAGCCCGUCCCCGUGGCCCGCCGCCUGCUCUCGCCGGACGACGUCGACCGCGCCCUCCGGGCAGACGGGCCAGUUGGCCUGGCCGCCGCCGACGAGCGCUGCCAGCCGACCGUGGGGAACGACGCCGCCAGCGUCUUCUCCAUCUCGACCUCCGCCGGCUCCCUGAGCUCCGGCAAGGCAGCGUCGAGCACGGCCUUCUUGAAGGGCUCCGCGGCGCCGCCGCGGGAGGGCUCCGCGAGCGCGGGGGCAGCGGCCGCCCCUGAGGCUGCCGCGCAGGCGGUGUGCGCCAUCUGGGAGCCGCUCGCCGAGCGAGCCGAGCGUGGGGCGGCAGCUCGCGAGGAGCCCCACAACCCUGGCUGCGAGGCGGGUCUGCACAAUAACGCGUCGUUCUCGCUGGUGGACAGCAUUCGCAUGCAGCUGGAGGGCGCCCUGGCGGCGCUGCAGGCCGGCCAGCAGGACGGCUGCGAGACCCGCCUCAAGUCUGCCAUCGAGCUCUGUUCUGGGCUCGACCCCUACCUGCAGAGCGUCAACAGGCCCAUGAGCCAGCAGUGGGACAGCCUGCAGCGGGCGACCCAGCAGGUGGACUGGCGGCAGAAGUACCUGCAGAAGGAGACCCGGGACCUGUUCCACGAGGGCAUGAGCACCAACCCAGUGCUCGUGCAGACGCUGCAGUUCCUGUGCCGCACGCUGCGUGCCACCAGGACGCUGCAGAUCGGGCUGUUCACUGGCGGCGCGGCGCUGGGCAUCGCGGAGGCGCUACCCGCAGGCGGCCGCGUGGUGGCCCUCGAGGCGGACGGCUUCCUGGCCGACUUCGCGCGGGACCACCUGCACCAGUCGCCCCACGGGCGCAAGGUGGCGGUGCAGCACGGCGACAUCGGGGACCUCCUGCGGGAGCUGCCUGCAAGCGACGAGGGGGACAAAUUCCAGGUGGUCUUCAUCGACGGCAGCAAGACCGAGUACGGUGCCUACCUGGACGCCAUCCUCGAGAGAGACCUCCUGGUCCCUGGGGGAGUGUUCGUGGUCGACGACGUGCUGUGGAAGGGCGCGGUGUACUGCAGCUCGGCGCUCGGCGACCGGGACCACAGGUGCUCCUGCAACUCUUGCUGGCCCUCGCCCUGGCCCUCGAAGCUGCCAGAGGACGAGGUCGCCAGCGUGCUGUCGGGCUUCAACGCGCAGGUACGCAGGGACGACCGCCUGGAACCCCUCGUGCUCCCCAUUCACAACGGCGUCGCGCUGAUCCGGCGGGCCGGCGAGGACCGGCUGCCACUGGAAGCCGAGGGAGCCCCGCCGCGGCCGAGCGGCGUGCAGGCCCCGCCAGGCGAGGGCCCUGGCGGCAGCGCCCGGGCGGGCAGGGCGGGCCGCGGCCGCCGCGGCUCCACCCAGGGCGUGCCGCCGUGCCGCCCGCCCCGCCUGGAUGGAUGCUGGCGCCGCCUCGGCCGCAGGGGGCCAGGCGCCCGGCGGCUUCUGGCCGGCCACCCCCGAGAUGUUCCCGGACGCGGCGUGCCCGUGGCCGCGCGUGCCGCCCAUGACGCUCUGAGCGCUUCAGCGCGCGCGCCCGCGCAGGCAGGACCACCAAGUAGGCGCGCUUCCCGAGUGCGGCCCUCGCGGCCCUGGCAUUCACGCCGGCCGUGGGCUUUUCAGAUGCGGCCUGCCAUGCAAAACUUCUCGACCGUACAUCGCAAGUCAAUGCUCCGCGUUGACUGGUACAGAAGGUUCGCUCGUGUGAGCAGGCGAUAUAUCGCCUCUGCUGGCGGCGCUGCGCUGUGCGGGUCGUCGUGCUACUGUUUCCGCCCUUUGAAGGGCCUCGUUUUCGUGUGUUUUCCGCCGCUGUGAGGUGCGUAUGACCAUUGUCAUUCGCACCAGUGCGUAUGACCAUUGUCAUUCGUACCAUACGCCUCGUCAUCUCCCUCCUUCUGCCCCUGCCUCCGAUUUGUCCUUGAGGCUCUGGGAUCGAGCGCUUCCACUGUAGCGUUGUUGGUUCGUGUGUCCCUCCGAAGUGCGACUCGCAACAAUCAGACGGGCUGCGUGGCCGCGAUGGCAUCGCGAUGCGCUUUCCUUGACGUGGCCUCGCAUCUUUCCUGUGCUACCUUCGCCCUCGUUCCCCAAAACACGAUCUGUCCUUCUUUUCUGCAGAGUGGCUGGGCGCUGUCGGCCUCCGUCACAGGCGGCUUUGCCGCAAGUUUUGUUUAUAGGUUUAGGAUUUCUGUGGUCGCCUGCACGUGCGGCACGACUUAGAGUAUCGUGAUGGGAGUGUGGAUUAAGAACGGUGGGGUGUGCGCGUUGGGGUGGAACAGCGGAUCCGCGAUUAUCUUAAUGUUCGAAUUCAGUGUGCGAGCUGAUCUGCUGAAGCAUGGCUGUUUACGCCGAUUGUAUCACGAUUCUGGUCAGCCAGAUCAGUCACGACUUCAGUACAGUCGGGCCGCUGAAGAAGGAACCCUUUUCCCUGGUUCCUUAUCUAGGGUUCCUUGUGACAGCGUUUCGACUGCAAGCGCAAGCACAUGUCAAUGGAGUUUGUGCUCCUGCUUCUCCCCCCUCCUCCCGACCCGCAGGUCCCCGAAGGGUCGCUCCGAUGACGCUCUCACGCAGGAGGCUUCCAGGUGGGCUUCGGAGAACGUGGGCAGCUUGGGAACUCCAAGCAUGUUGUUACGAGAGCCGGGCCAGCCCCACACUUGAAGUGCUGUUUUGGUGACAAGACAAACCGCAGAUCUGAUCAAGCGCAACCAUCUGGAGUAGAGUCGAGCCAUUUUCUCUAUCUGUGUAAGAAAUAUGCUUGCGGUCGAGAAUUUUGGCUCAGCGCGCCGCUCCGCCGGUUCUGGCCCACCACGCUUCGGCGCGACACGCUAUCCCCCUCCCGGUCCCCAGGCGUCAACGUCCCUAUUCUUUCCGAGCUUCCCGCCUCGCGGAGCGGAGCGACAC